UAUAAUCUCAUUUCUCGCUUCGCGUCUUCGUUUGGAUGGUGUUUUCUGAAGUCGAUAUCCUCUAUCAAUACCAUAUUGCCUAUUGAUAUAAAAUCAUAAACUUAGUCAUAUUAUUGUUAAUUAACGCAACUGAUAGUAGAAAAAACUUUUUCACAUCAUUGCUAUCAUUUUUGAAAUUAGUACACUGCUUUCAAAUUUGAAUCUGAACUUUGUUUAAAAAAAUGUCUGCACAAAUUUAUUUAAAUUAUAAUUUAAAUAACUAAAGAGAAAGUUGGAAGAGGUCUGAUAAUGAACUAUUACAGUCUUGGAUAUAUUUUCGUAUUCUUUUGCCUGUUAGGUCAACAAGUCAGCAAAAGCAAUGCAAGAGGUGGAAUAGGAAGAAGAAGGAAAGCAUUAGCUCCUACACGGCAACAUUUUUAUGUUAAUAAUUGGGGUUUUCUAAGCACAUUAUCUCCAGAACCUGAAUUUAUGGGAGAUAUUCCUCGAAUCAAAGUUAUUGCUGGCAAAGAUGCAAUACUUACAUGUGGUGUGGAAAACUUAGGUGAUUAUAAAGUAACGUGGAGUGUUGUGAACAAGAAAGAUCAACUAUCCAUAGGAACUCAUGUGUUUAUAGAUAAAGACCGAAUCAAAGUAACUACAAUUAAUUCCACAUCAUGGUAUCUACACAUAAAGAAUGUAACACAGCAUGAUGAUGGUUACUACGCUUGCCAAAUAACAACUAAUCCUAUUAAGAGUCAGACAGGAUACCUCGAAGUUGUUGAACCACCAGAAUUUGUUACUGACAUGGCAAAUCGCAACGUAACAGUCAUGGAAAAUUCAAACGUCACAUUGUCUUGCAGAGCUACAGGAAAGCCACCCCCUGUCAUAAAGUGGAAAAGAGAAGACGGUCAGCCUUUCUCAGUUGGGAAUGAAUUAGUACGAGAAUACAUAAGUGAAGAGCUCAAUUUAACCUCAAUUAGUAGAAAUCAUAUGGCAGCUUAUUUGUGUUUGGCGAGCAAUGAAGUUCCUCCUGCUAUAAGUAGAAGAAUAUAUUUAGAUGUAAAAUUCCCACCUCUUAUUUGGAUCCAAAACCAGUUAGUUGGUGUCCGGGAGAACGCUGACGCUCACCUGGAGUGUCACACAGAAGCUCAUCCAACAUCCAUCAAUUCUUGGAUGAAAGACGAGGAACCUGUUGAAACUAAGAGCAGCAGAUAUCAUACCCACAUCACUAGAAAUACUUUUAAAACAGUCAUGAAACUAACUAUUAAAAGUGUUCAACCUGGAGAUUACGGUUACUAUCAUUGUGUAGCAAAAAAUGCAAUUAGUGAAACUAGAGGAUCCAUAAAAGUUAUCCGACUGAACUUGCCGACAUCCUCACCUAGAAAACCUGUCACCGAAGAGAUGCCAGUUUUCCCAACGCGGCGUGUAAUAACAGUUGCUGCUACAACUGAAUAUAGAACAUUAGUCACAGAAAUCGAACGAUGGGACACUGCUAAUGCUCCAGGUACUCAACAAAAGUAUGGACUUGAUGGAGAUUCAAAUGAUGAGAAGAGUGGAGCAAGUUACCUCGAAACUCACAGCAUCAAGUUAUUACUACUUUUGCUCUGUAUUUUAACAAAAUUGCAUGACUAUCCACGGUAACAAAAAUAAUUACAUUGUUAAUAAAUCGCUCUCAGAAGGCUGGUCAGAGCAUUUUGACUUUAUAAUGUUUGACAGCAUUUUCGAAGAAAAUAGACAAAAGAUGAUCAAGAAUGGAUUCAGAAAUAGUUAUUAAGAUGAGUCCUAUUGCUUAAAUGAUUAUUUUGCGUUUUUGCAAAAACAUAGUUAUAAAAUUGUAAAUAAAUCUGUAAAAUAAUUAAACAAUUAUUUAUCUUCUGUAAAUAAGCAUUGUGCCAAACAUAACAAUUUCUCAAGGAAUUGUGUACUUUGUAAUUUACAUUGUGCUGUAAAAAUAAGAUUUAUAACUUUAUUAAUUUCAUUUGAGCCAUGCAGUAUUAUUUUUUAACAAAUGUUUUAGUUCACGCAUACAAUAUUCACCAAAUUUAAUUUCUUUCAAAUAAUUAGUUUGUCUAAUAAAAUUUUUAUUUCUGUGAAAA